CAAAUUGAAAAAAUAAUAAACAGUUUGCGCGAAUGCUAUUUUUAUAAUAUUUAGCGUUCAGUUCCUGGUUACAUUAAAGUGAUUUAAAGAGAUAUUCUUAUUUAGUAAAUACAAUUUCAUACAUGCGAAAUAUAACUGAACAAUUUUGAGUCUACUUUAGUCAGGGUUCAAAUCAAUUUGUUGUUAGGGAAACAUGAAAAAAUGGAACCGAGAGUGUACUUAGUAUUUUUGAUAUUAUUUGUUAUUGCUCACGUAAACUCGCUACCUUACGAUGUACACUGGCUCAGCGGUGCCACCACAAUAGAACGCGACAUUCAACCUUCAAAACAAACUGUAGAUAUUUAUUGUUAUACCGGAACGCCGAAAAACUUAUUCGCCUUGUGGCAAACAGUUAAAUUUAAUAUAAAGAUAAAAAAUGAUGAAUUCAGCCAGUACUUGGGUGAUGACCCUGAACAAGUGUACAAAGACUACAAAGAAGACAGCUACGGCUGGGCAGUCAUCAACCCCUUCCAGAAGAAGUCCUAUAGGACUGUGUCACUUGAUCUAUUUACUGCCACAUGUAUGGCAGUUAACACAAGAGAGAAACAUAAGAUUGAGUUGAAUGUACAAAGGGUGGACUUAUGGCGUGUUCUCACGAUGGUGCUAGGGCUGUCCCUCAUAUUCUCGUCCCGCGCGCUGUGUGGCAACCCUGUGUUCUUCUAUCUGUGCGGCAUUGUCGUGGGGGUCUCUGCCUCGUUCAUGGUUCUGGUGUAUUAUGUUAGCAAGUUAUUGCCAAAGAAAACAUUAACCUACGGUAUCCUCAUAGGCGGUUGGACAGUGGGAGUGUACCUUUUCCAACAAGUGUGGGAGAAUGUUAGCAGUAUUGUAUCCACAUACCAGACGUACUUGGUAUGGUAUACCCUCCUCAUGGGUUUCAUCAGUUUUGUGGUGUGCUACCGGAUUGGGCCUCCGCAGAACCAGAGAAGCAAGAACCUUGUUAUGUGGACUUUGCAGAUAGUGGGAACGUUGGUGACUUUCUUCAGUAGUCAAUACCAAGAAGCGUCAGCAGCGAUCAUCAUCGCGGCUCUGACGGCCAAAUACUUCCCGCAGUCGCUGCUGCUGGCCCUAAAGGGAUACUGGCAUCGCAGAUUCCCGCCCAAACCUCGGCUGCUCACCAGCGAAGAGUACUUCGAGCAAGGCGCGCGCGAAACCAAGCACGCGCUCGACAGCUUGCGCAAGUACUGCUCCAGCCCGGACUGCGCGCAGUGGAACAUCAUGCUCAAACUGAGCGACGCCAAGCGAUUCGCAAGCUUUAUAGAAGGCAACUCGCAUCUAAGCGACGACGAAGUAAUGGACUACGAGUCGUACGCCUUCUCCAUGGAGCGCUCCAAGCCUAUCGCCAACUCCACCAGGAACCACCUCGAGAUCUCUGAUGACGACUCCUCGGAAUGCGAUGAUUGAGGAUAGCAUCGGUGAUGAUGAUGAAUGGACAGCUAAUGAUUUGAUGAAACGUCAUGGCGGAAACGAAUUAUUAUCGAAUGCGGCUGACAGCAGCGACUUAUAGGUAUCUGGAUAAUACACCGUAUAGUAAUUUAAAGUUACACAUGUAAUAAGAGUUGGUAAUAAUUUUAAUGCCUAUGUAGUUACGUGAUAUAACUAUAAAUAAUAAUAAUUAUUAUUAUUUGUUAGAUAUAAUAUGUAUUGUCUACUUUAAGUUUUUUUGUGUAUUGAUCUCAGAAUAUGGUGUUCGAUUCAUUAUAGUUGAUUGCUAAUUAGUAAUUUUUUUAAUGUUUUUGUUACAAAAGUUUCAACCAUGGGGGAGUAAUUUUCAGUAAUUAUUGGACACAGUAAGUUGGAAAAAUCAGCUGCUAGUUUUAUCGAAAGUAAAAUAUAAAUAUCCAUUGCUCAAAUAUUUUAGUCUUCUACCAUAAAAAAUAUAAUUUAUAAAAUGUGGGAUACGGUAAACUAAAAAAUCGGUCAAGUGCCGCUGCGGACGCAAGCAGCCGCACGCGUCCGCGCGACCUUCUCGCGCUGCUUAAGCGAUACUGUUCUUUUGGAAUGGAAUAGAAAUUAUUUAUUAAUUAUUGUAUAGAUAAAGUAUAAAAUUAUUUUACAGUGAAAAUGCAAUCCCGAUGUUAAUUGAGCCUAACAAAUAGAUGUAAAACAAUCAAUCUAGAUCGUCUAAUAGAUAUAGAUGAUCGUCUGGAUAGAAUCUGUCGCUAGCCAGCAAGAUUAUUUUCCAAAAAUUUUGUGAUCUUUUUAGGGGUCCUUAGUGAAACAAAGACAAGUUCAUGUUCCAUUGCCUGUUUUGAAUUCUGUGAGUAUUUACUGACAGCCAAAAAUUAAUAAAUCAAUCUUUAAUUUCUUAGUAAGUAGCUUAGCAAUAUUGUCAAAAAACCUUAUAAUUUUUACAAAUACUGUUGCUAAGUGACUUAUCGACAGAUUACACAAAUAUAGAUUGAUUAUUAAUUUCGAACUAAAAUUAAAAUAAAAAACAGGUUAAAUAAAAUAAGGUUUUAGUUAAGUUAAAAAUAAAAUACAUUAUUGUUAGUUAUACUUAUUUAAUUAUUAUCCUUAUUUAAUUGUAAUACAUUAGUUAAAAUAUGGCAAACUUAUGCGGAAAUAGCACCAUAGUUUUGUAAAUUUCGUAUUGUAUUUUGUAACAGAAAUAUUGUUACAUAUAAUUUUAUGAUGUUUGUGUUCACUUAUUUUUUUAAGAUACUACCUGCCUAGAUAAUUAAAGUUUUUUUUAAACAUU